UUCCUGUCCAACCAGUGACUGGAGAGAAUAUAAAAGACAGCAUGAUUAGACAAAAAGGGGAUCAUUGCCAUGAGCGCAGAUAUGCUGAAGUUGGGGUGCAUGGUCUUGGCACUGCUUUUACUUGUAAAAGGUUCUCUUGGCCAACUAAACACAUGUGGUCGUGCACCUUUAAACAACCGUAUUGUGGGUGGGCAAAGUGCCUCAGCAGGGGCGUGGCCAUGGCAGGUUAGUUUACAUAGCCCGGUUACCAGUGGACAUUUCUGUGGAGGAUCCCUCAUUAACAAGGACUGGGUUAUGACCGCAGCGCACUGUUUCGAAAGCAUUGGAACUUCUGGCCUGGUUGUGUAUUUGGGGAAGCAGACUCAGGUGGGCGUUAACCGCAAUCAAAUCACCAGAAGUGUCACCAAGAUUAUCCGCCACCCCAUGUACAACAGCAUCACUUAUGAUAAUGACAUCACCCUGCUGCUUCUGAGCUCCUCUGUGACCUUCACGAACUACAUCAGACCCGUGUGCCUGGCUGGUCAAGGCAGCAGUUUCCCUUCUGGUACUCAGUGCUGGAUCACAGGCUGGGGAAACAUUGCCUCUGGAGUGUGGCUGCCUUCUCCUGGUGUGCUGCAGGAGACACAGGUUCCUGUCAUUAGCAGAACUCAGUGUGACAAGCUACUGGGACCAGGAGUCAUUACCAACAACAUGAUCUGUGCUGGAUUAUUACAAGGAGGCAAAGACACCUGCCAGGGGGACUCCGGAGGUCCGAUGGUGACUAAACAGGGUGCGGUCUGGAUUCAGGCUGGUAUCACUAGCUGGGGUAUAGGCUGUGCUAAUAGAAAUUCACCUGGUGUGUACACAAUGGUGUCCCAAUACCAGACCUGGAUAACCAGCAUCAUCAAAACAAACCUACCUGGCUUUGUCGGCUUUCCCGCUGUGGGUUCAGAAAGUGACAGAGUGGUGAGUGCAGAUAUGAUGAGGUCCGGGUGUGUCGCUUUGGCCCUGCUCUUAUUUGUAAAAGGUUCGUUUUGCCAGCUGAAUGUAUGUGGUCGUGCGACUUUAAACAACCGUAUCGUGGGUGGACACAGCGCCACAUCUGGUGCGUGGCCAUGGCAGGUCAGUUUGCACACCCUUUCCUCUGGCAGCCAUUUUUGUGGAGGAUCCCUCAUCAACAACCUCUGGGUCAUAACCGCAGCGCACUGUUUUGAAAGCUUCUCUGAUCCUAGUGACCUGGUGGUGUACUUGGGGAGAGAGACUCAGGAGGGCUACAAUCCCAAUGAGAUCUCCAGAGGUGUUACAAAGAUCGUCAAUCACCCCAAGUAUGACACAGAAACCAAAAACAACGACAUCACUCUGCUGCGUUUGAGUCGCACUGUCACCUUCACAAACUACAUCAGACCUGUGUGCCUGGCUGGUCAGGGCAGCAGUUUUGUCUCUGGAACUAGAUGUUGGAUCACAGGAUGGGGAGACAUCAAUUCUGGAGUGUGGCUGCCCUCUCCUGGUGUGCUGCAGGAGGUAGCAGUCCCACUUGUUUCUAGAAGUGUGUGCACCAAGCUACUGCAACCUCGAGCCAUUACCCAGAACAUGAUUUGUGCUGGAUUCCUGGAAGGUGGAAAAGACACCUGCCAGGGCGAUUCUGGAGGUCCGAUGGUGACUAAGCAAGGUGCGAUCUGGAUUCAGUCUGGUAUCACUAGCUGGGGGGUAGGUUGUGCUCAGCCUGGCUUACCUGGUGUGUACACAAUGGUGUCGCAGUACCAGGCCUGGAUAUCCAGCCUCAUCAAAACAAACCUACCUGGCUUUGUCAGGAUUCCCUCUGCAGGCUAGUCCAAGCAGGUGCUCAUACAGUCACAGCGGAUGACAGUACUGAUGGUUCUGCCAGCCCAUAACACAAUUACAUACAUGAGAUAAACAUUAGUCUACAUAUAGUAUAUAUUAGUUUAGAAGAGCAUUACUUAUGGUGUAAUGGAGUAGAUGUGAUCAAAUUGUAUGCGGGGAAAAAUGCUUGCUUUAACUGAUUAAUAAAUAUACAGCAGCAUGAGA